AUGGAGUGGAAUGAGCAAGAGGUGUUGGUGUGCGUCUUUGCUGAUGCCACCGUCCACACAUUUUCUGCUGCCGGAGAAAAAAUUUACAGCUUUUCGUUGGGCGCUGCUAUAAAAGCAGAAGGAGGCAUCAUUAAGGCUUUGCUAGUUGUCGACAGCAGCAGCAGCAGCAGCAGCAGUAUCAUCAUUAGCCUGGAUUCCUGA